AUGAGUUCCUAUUUUGUAAACUCAACUUUCCCUGUGUCUCUCCCCGGAGGACAGGAGUCCUUCUUGGGUCAGAUACCGCUAUAUUCCUCCGGAUAUACCGACCCUUUAAGACACUAUCCCAGCGGCACAUACGGAGCUUCCAAUGUUCAAGACAAGGUUUACCCAUCCUCCUAUUACCAGCAAGGUACGGGAGUUUACGGUCGGACUGCAACCGGCGCAACCGACUACACAAGUAGUUUUUACCGAGACGCUGAGCGCUCGUGUCCGCUCGGGGGGCUGGAUGAGCACCCGCUUGUGUUAACCCAGGACCAGUGCAAGACCGACUGUUCGGAACAAAACACAGACAGAUACCCAGGCGGUGAUGACAAGUUGUGCACUCCAGUUUACCCCUGGAUGCAACGAAUGAACUCUUGUAACGGGCCCUCGGGUCACACUGGCCGCAGGGGUCGUCAGACGUACACGCGCUUUCAGACACUGGAGCUGGAGAAGGAGUUUCAUUUCAAUCGGUACCUAACCCGUCGACGCAGAAUCGAGAUCUCUCACGCUCUGUGCCUAACGGAACGGCAGAUAAAAAUAUGGUUCCAGAAUCGUAGGAUGAAGUGGAAAAAGGAAAAUAAAGUGAUAAACUCCACAAAGCCUAUCGAGGAGGAGGAGGAUGGCGACACGAAGAAGGAGUAA